AUGGCUGCCGUGACCACCGCCUCCCUCUGCCCCGGCCUCGGCAAGCCCCGCCAAGGCCACGCGAAGCCGCCGAGAACGACGGUCUGCCAUUGCCUCCCUGCUCGGAGGGCGGAGGAGGGGGUGAAUCGGCGGGACGCCCUGCUCGGCGUCCUCCUCUCCGCCACCGCCGCGUUGUCGGCGCCGCUGCUCGUCCCCGCCGAGGCCUUCGCCGAGACCGCCGAGGCGCAGGAGGGGUUCACCGCGUACGAGGACGAGGCCAACAAGUUCACCCUCGUGAUUCCACAAGGCUGGCAGGUCGGUGCAGGUGAACGCAGCGGCUUCAAGAACGUGACGGCGUUCUUCCCCGAGCAAAACCCCAACUCCAGCGUCAGCGUCGUGAUCACCGGGAUCGGGCCGGACUUCACCAGCCUCAAGUCCUUCGGUAGCGUCGACGAGUUCGCCGAGAACUUGGUGACCGGCCUGGACAGGAGCUGGCAGAGGCCGGCGGGGCUCGCCGCGAAGCUCAUCGACUCCAAGGCAUCAAACGGCCUGUACUACAUCGAGUACACGCUGCAGAACCCCGGCGAGAAGCGCCGCCACAUCGUCUCCGCCAUCGGGAUGGCCUUCAACGGCUGGUACAACCGGCUGUACACGGUGACAGGGCAGUACAUCGACGACGAAGAGGAGUCAGCCAUAUACAAGCCUGAGAUAGAGAAGGUGACAUCUUCUUGGAUUGAAUCUACCUCCUGCUAG